UUUCCACUCAAUGUUUUUGUCGCUCCAGUUUUUUUUACGAGCUGAAGACUAGUCAUCAUCCCUCUUAUUCUGCUCAUCACACUCUCUGUUCAUCUCCAUAUCCAUGCAUACUCUGUAAUCAUUUUACCCUUCUCAUUUCCCUGUCAUUUUAUUCUAUUUGUGCUCAUCCUUGUCUUGUUAUUUGUGUAUCUCCACUCCACUGUUCGUUUACAUAGAAACCAUUGUUCUUUUCUUUUUUGUUCUUUCUCUAAUGGAGGCAGAGGCACUUUACAGUUUCAGAGCGACAGAAUGCGAUGAGCUCAGUUUCCAGAAGGGUGACAUCCUGAAGGUGACAAACAUGGACGAUGAUCCAAACUGGUACACAGCCGAGUUGAUGGGCAUGAGGGGCUAUGUACCGAAGAACUAUAUCAAUGUAAGACCACACGCGUGGUUUGUGGGCGGAAUAUCACGACAGGAGGCAGAAAACCGCCUGAGGCCACUGGAGUGUGGAGCGUUUCUCAUCAGGGAGAGUGAGAGUACUCCAGGAGAAUUCUCUGUGUCUGUCAGUUAUGGGGACCAUGUGCAACACUUUAAGGUUUUGAAAGACGGGCUAGGACAGUACUUUGUAUGGGAUGAAGUCUUUAGCUCCCUCAACCAACUGGUGGAUUUCUACAGAAUCAACAGCAUUGCCAAAGAGAGGACCGUUUUUCUACAAGAGCCUGAGGGUUCACUAGCUAGGCCACGUCAUGCUCAUGCCCUCUUUGACUUCACACCUCACCAUGUGACUCAUCUGCGUUUCCUGCGCGGUGAUGUUAUCGACCUGCUUGACUGUUCAGAUGCUCAGUGUUGGAGGGGGCGGUGUCGUGGCAGAGUGGGCGUGUUCCCACCAGAUUAUGUGCAGCCCAUUUAUCAUCUGUAAAU